AUGACAGUCAACACCAAAACUUAUAGUGCGAGAGCAGAGACUCAUGCUUCACCAGUAGCACAACGAUUAUUUCGAUUAAUGGAACUGAAAAAAACCAAUUUAUGUGCUUCAAUUGAUGUCGAUACCACCAAAGAAUUUCUUGAAUUAAUUGAUAAAUUAGGUCCCUAUGUAUGUUUAAUCAAGACUCAUAUUGAUAUAAUUAAUGAUUUUUCUUAUGAAUCUACCAUUGAACCAUUAUUAGAACUUUCACGUAAACAUCAAUUUAUGAUUUUUGAAGAUAGGAAAUUUGCUGAUAUUGGUAAUACAGUAAAGAAACAAUAUAUUGGAGGAGUUUAUAAAAUUAGUAGUUGGGCUGAUAUUACUAAUGCUCAUGGUGUUACUGGGAAUGGAGUAGUUGAAGGAUUAAAACAAGGAGCUAAAGAAACCACUACCGACCAAGAACCAAGAGGGUUAUUGAUGUUAGCAGAAUUAUCAUCAGUCGGAUCAUUAGCAUACGGAGAAUAUUCUCAAAAAACUGUUGAAAUUGCCAAAUCAGAUAAAGAAUUUGUUAUUGGAUUUAUUGCUCAGCGUGAUAUGGGAGGUCAAGAAGAAGGGUUUGAUUGGAUUAUUAUGACUCCUGGAGUUGGAUUAGAUGAUAAAGGUGAUGGCUUGGGACAACAAUAUAGAACUGUUAAUGAAGUUGUUAGUACUGGAACUGAUAUUAUUAUUGUUGGUAGAGGAUUAUUUGGUAAAGGAAGAGAUCCAGAAGUUGAAGGUAAAAGAUAUAGAGAUGCUGGCUGGAAUGCUUAUUUGAAAAAGACUGGCCAAUUAUGA